GUGGGUCCUACAGAAUCGGCGUGUUCAUUUCAAACCUGUAGUACAAGAGAGGACGAGCACGAGAAAGAAGCUUCCCCGUCGAGAAUCUUCAGUCUACAAAUCAACAUUGAUGGAGUGGCAGCCGGACGAACAGGGACUCCAGCAGGUCCUCCAGCUCCUCAAGGACUCCCAGUCCCCCAACACGGCCACACAGAGAGCCGUGCAACAAAAACUUGAACAGCUCAACCAGUUCCCUGACUUCAACAACUAUCUAAUCUUUGUGCUCACAAGACUGAAAACUGAAGAUGAACCCACUCGUUCUCUGAGUGGUCUGAUCCUGAAGAACAAUGUGAAGGCUCACUACCAGAACUUCCCCCCGGCCGUGGCUGACUUCAUCAAGCAGGAAUGCCUCAACAACAUAGGCGACCCGUCGCCCCUCAUCCGCGCCACUAUCGGUAUCCUGAUCACCACAAUCACUUCUAAAGGGGAGCUGCAGACCUGGCCAGAGCUGCUGCCCCAGCUGUGUAACCUGCUCAACUCUGAGGACUACAACACCUGUGAGGGCUCGUUUGGAGCCCUGCAGAAGAUCUGCGAGGACUCGUCGGAGCUGUUGGAGAGUGACGCACUCAACCGCCCGCUCAACAUCAUGAUCCCCAAGUUCCUGCAGUUCUUCAAGCACUGCAGCCCUAAGAUCAGAUCUCAUGCCAUCGCCUGUGUGAACCAGUUCAUCAUCGGCAGAGCCCAGGCCCUGAUGGACAACAUCGACACCUUCAUCGAGAGCCUGUUUGCGCUGGCUACAGACGAGGACUCUGAGGUGAGGAAGAAUGUGUGCCGGGCUCUGGUCAUGCUGCUGGAGGUCCGUAUCGACCGGCUAAUCCCUCACAUGCACAGCAUCAUACAGUACAUGCUGCAGCGCACACAGGACCCGGAUGAGAAUGUUUCUCUGGAGGCCUGUGAGUUCUGGCUCACCCUGGCUGAGCAGCCCAUCUGUAAAGAGGUGCUCUCUGGACACCUGGUGCAUAUCCUGCUGAAGGGUGAUGUGGAGGAGGACGAGGCUGUGCCAGACAGUGAGCAGGACAUCAAGCCCCGCUUCCACAAGUCCCGCACCGUCACCCUGCAGCACGAGGGCGGAGAGGGCGAGGAGGGAGAGGACAUCGAUGAAGACGACGAUGAUGAUGACGAUACAUUAUCUGACUGGAACCUACGCAAGUGUUCGGCGGCAGCGCUGGAUGUGCUGGCCAAUGUGUUCCGAGACGAGCUGCUGCCUCACCUGCUGCCCCUGCUCAAGGGCCUUCUCUUCUCCCCUGACUGGGUCACCAAGGAGUCUGGCAUCCUGGUGCUGGGGGCCAUCGCUGAGGGCUGUAUGCAGGGCAUGGUGCCCUACCUCCCGGAGCUCCUCCCCCACCUCAUUGCAUGCCUGUGUGACAAGAAGGCCCUGGUGCGCUCCAUCGCCUGCUGGACCCUGUCCCGCUACGCCCACUGGGUGGUCAGCCAGCCCCCAGACUCCCACCUCAAACCCCUGAUGACCGAGCUGCUCAAGAGGAUACUGGAUGGCAACAAGAGGGUGCAGGAGGCCGCCUGCAGUGCGUUUGCCACCCUGGAGGAGGAGGCGUGUACAGAGCUGGUGCCCUACCUCAGCUUCAUCCUGGACACGCUGGUGUUCGCCUUCGGCAAGUACCAGCACAAGAACCUGCUCAUCCUCUACGACGCCAUCGGAACGCUCGCCGACUCCGUAGGACACCACCUCAACCAGCCUGAGUACAUCCAGAAGCUGAUGCCUCCCCUUAUUGCCAAAUGGAAUGAGCUGAAGGACGAGGACAAGGAUCUCUUUCCACUUCUGGAGUGCCUGUCGUCGGUGGCCACGGCCCUGCAAAGUGGCUUCCUGCCCUACUGUGAGCCUGUCUACCAGCGCUGUGUAACCCUGGUCCAGAAGACCCUCGCUCAGGCCAUGAUGUACAACCAGCACCCUGACCAGUACGAAGCUCCUGACAAGGACUUCAUGAUUGUGGCCCUGGACCUGCUGAGUGGCCUGGCCGAGGGCUUGGGGGGCAGUGUGGACCAGCUGGUGGCCCGCAGCAACAUCAUGACCCUGCUCUUCCAGUGCAUGCAGGACCCUAUGCCAGAGGUGAGACAGAGCUCCUUUGCCCUGCUGGGUGACCUGACCAAGGCCUGCUUCCCUCAUGUCAAACCCUGCAUUGCCGAGUUCAUGCCGAUCCUGGGCCUGAACCUGAACCCAGAGUUCAUCUCUGUGUGUAACAAUGCUACCUGGGCCAUUGGCGAGAUCGCCAUGCAGAUGGGGAGAACUGACAAGAAGGAUGAAGGAGAUUGCUCAGGAGCAGACAUGCAACCCUAUGUUGGGCUGGUCCUCAACAACCUGGUGGAGAUCAUCAACAGACCUAACACACCCAAGACCCUCCUGGAGAAUACAGCCAUUACGAUCGGCAGGCUGGGCUACGUGUGUCCACAGGAGGUGUCUCCCAUGCUGCAACAGUUUAUCAGACCCUGGUGCACAUCGUUGAGGAACAUCAGGGACAAUGAGGAGAAAGACUCUGCGUUCCGUGGAAUCUGCAUGAUGAUUGGAGUCAAUCCCGCUGGAGUGGUUCAGGACUUCAUCUUCUUCUGUGAUGCUGUGGCCUCCUGGGUUAGUCCUAAGGACGAUCUGAGAGACAUGUUCUACAAGAUCCUCCAUGGCUUUAAGGACCAGGUGGGCGAGGAGAACUGGCAGCAGUUCUCAGAACAAUUCCCCCCUCUGCUGAAGGAGAGGCUGUCGGCCUGCUAUGGCGUGUAGUUCCCCUCGCCGACACAGGACACGCCUGUCAGGUUUAAUCUACGGGAGGGUUACUGGGGGAACUCAUCCAUCUGUGUUACUGCACUGCCCUGAUCGUGGGGGCAGGAGGAGAGGGACUGGCCCUGGCUCCUGUCCAUUCAGACUACAAGUCCCACAACCCUGUGUGUCUCUG